UUCCUUCUCUUUGGCAUAUCCCGGAUUUUGUUUUGAGCUUUGGGCUUCCCGCCAGAAGAGAUGCCUCAGGAACAGUAUGCCCAGAGAAGCACCAUGCAGAGCUCAGAAGGACCACAUGUAUACAAAGUGGGAAUUUAUGGUUGGAGGAAGAGGUGCCUCUAUUUCUUUGUGCUACUUCUAAUGAUUUUAAUCCUGGUGAAUCUUGCCAUGACCAUCUGGAUUCUCAAAGUUAUGAAUUUCACAAUUGAUGGAAUGGGAAACCUAAGGAUUACAGAAAAAGGUUUAACGCUAGAAGGAGAUUCAGAAUUCUUGAAACCUCUCUACGCCAAAGAAAUCCGGUCCAGGACAGGCAACCCUCUGUACUUCCAGUCUGCUCAAAAUGUUACAGUGAACAUUCUCAAUGAGGAGAGUAAAGUUCUUACACGUCUGGUAACAGGUCCCAAAGCAGUGGAAGCCUACAGCCAAAAAUUUCAAGUGCUAACCACUUCAGGGAAAUUGUUAUUUUCUGCAGAUGAUAACGAAGUGGUCGUUGGAGCAGAAAGGCUGAAAGUUUUAGGAGCAGAAGGCACAGUGUUCCCCAAAUCUAUAGAAACUCCUAAUGUCAGGGCAGACCCCUUCAAGGAACUAAGGUAAAUUCUGACAUUUAGUUCUAAUGUAAACUCAGAGGUACCUUGCUUGAAUUGUGCAUUCUGGCUGGUGAUAUUUCAAAUCCUGAAGUAAUUAAGAACUACGCAGUUGCAUAGAUGUCACUGAAUAGCAGAAAACAGUUAUACUUCAA